AGGAAGUUAGCCAUUCGUUCUAAUCGUAAAAUAUUCGUAUAAUAAUAAUAUAUCUGAGAUUUCUAACUGAUACGAAUAAAACAGUAGGUCUGUUCUCUAUUGGUCUCGUUAGUGCAAAGAUAAAGCUGUUGAACUCGUUCGAAUAACGCUCGCGGCAUAGUAUCUCUCUCUCUUUCUCUCUCUCUCUCUCUCUCUCUCUCCCUCUCUUUCUUUUGUAGUAUAGAAACGUCAUCGUAUUGAGAGCAGAGCACGGUACGAGCUUCUAUGUCCGCACGGGAACGCGAACAGAUCGAUUACCGUAUUGGCGGUAGGAGUGCGCGUAGAGCCACGUACCGCAACUACGUGACAAAUAUUAUCACGAUCGACCUAUGCGUAGCGUUUGAUGUGGACGGGUUUAUGAAAGGCCAGCGCGCCUAUAAUCAUGCCUCCGCGAACGCCGAAGAACAAAUCCGAUUUGUGUCAGCUAUGAAUCCAGAUCUUGUUCGAUUCAUUUUCAUUUAAUCUGACCAGAUAUUCCCUUUAAACUGAAUAAUUGCGAUAAUAAACAAUGUUGUUACAACGAACAGAAAUCGGUCUAUUAAAGCCAUCAAGAAUGUAUCAUCAGAGAUAUAUUUAACAGAUCACAGUAUCAAGGACGUAUCGAAAUAAUUGACAAGUCAUUAAAUUAAUUGAGGAUCGAUCAGAUGACAGAUUGAUAAUCAACCGAAAGCAUCGUUAGUAGUCCGUAUCAUAGAUAAUCAAGAAGUCUAUGAAAAGGAUCAGUUAAAUCUAUUAGAUCUGUCGAUGAUCAGUCAAGACCAUUAUCACCUGUUUAUUGGGUAAAAGAAAGAUUGAUGAUUUAUCGACAUCAAAAAUGUAGUGGUAACAUUGACAAUCUAUGUAAUAGAUCGACCAUUGAUGCGAUUGGUACACUAGUAAAGAAAGUACAAGUACGACGAGAAGUGACAGAGACAGAGAAAGGGAGAGAGAGAGAGAAAAUGUAGUGCAGUGUGUUAGAUGCAUGGUGUAGGUUAAACGAGAUCGAUAAGGUUUACUCUGUACUCGUGCCGCGUGACACAGAAGGGUGAGGUUAUAUGAAAAUAGAGGGUUCGAAGAGAGGACCUUUUAUUUCCGUCCUUUUUCCUUUUUAACUUUAAGAAAGAAUGAGGAGGAGGUUCUUGGAUGCAACAGAAGGAGGAAAGGAUAUUCGUCUGAAGGCGUCUAAUGUAGACAUUGGAGGGUCGCGCACAGUUUAAGAGAGAAAGAGGAAGCGAGAGAGAGAGAAUGAGUGGCUGAAGGGGGUGGUAGUGGGUCGCCCUCCAUUUCCACCCCCGACAACUCGCAGGCGGUCGACGGGAGCUCGGUGGCACCCACUCACCCACCACCAGCAGAGCCAGCACCGCCGCCGCCGCCGCCCCCGGGCGUCCUCAUGCCAUGCCAACCAACGAGCCGGGGCCGCUUUCGCUUUGUGCGCACCGGGGCGGCGGUACAUCAAAGCCUUCUAGUUCCCGCUCCGGCCUUUGACGGCUGCGUCGCGGCCGCUCGCUCAGUCAUCGCUCGGUAGGCGAAGCCAGCACGCCGCGCGGAUGAGCUCGACGCCGUUGUCCUCGCGAGUCCUCGUCGGCCGGGAUCAACGAGAUCUCGCUAACCAGCCACGGAACUCGAUCGGGUUCAACAGUGUUCCUAACCUUGAUCAAAGGAGUCACUACGACUCCUCGUUCUAUCAACGGCGACGAGUACUCUAUAUGUUAAGAGGAAAGAGAUAAAAGAAUGUCGCCUCGCGGUAGCAAGUGCGCGCGUGUUAGCGGUAGCAAAGCUACCGCCACAUUGGAGAAGGAUCGCCGAGGUUCGAGGGAGUCUAGAACCUUCGAGGGAAACGAUAAGGAACGUCUUGAGCAACGGGAGGAGGAGAAUUACCAACAGCAGGAGAAUCACCAAAAGCAGCCAAUCGUUAAAAAAGAGUCAGCCGAGGGAAAGAAUAAUAAUAAUAAAAAGAAGAAGGCAUCAACGAUGACGAUGAAAAGACGGAGGAAGAGGAAGAAGAGGAAGAGAAAACCAGGCCGAGCGAAGACGACGCCGGAGACAGACGCGGCGGCAACGGCGGCAGCAACGGCGGCAGCGGCGGCGGCGUCGGCGGUUGCGGUGUUGGCGGUGCGCGAGGGUCGAUCAUGGAUCGGAGCGCGCAUGCGUCAACCCCUGGAGAGUACCGAAGGUGGCCUCGAGCAGCCCCGUGAAAACGGCACCCUGCUAAAACGACGGUGCUCGCAAAGCCCGCAUCGCGACCUCCUAUCCGAAAGCAGAAACCUUUCUAGCUCGCCCUGUUCCUCGCGUUCCACCUCUACAUGCACCUCCAGUUCCACUUCCUCCUCCUCCUCCUCCUCUUCCUCCUCCUCUCGCCCUUCCUCGAGGUCAUCCUCGGUGUCCAGUAGCGAGGGAUCUUCUUUGAUCGGUAGUCAACUGAAAACGUCGAAGAGCACACGGCUAUUUUGCAGAGACCGGAAACGGAAAGAAAAGAGACGCCGCGGUAGCCGCGAGUGUGCACGAGAAGAGACUAAGAAGGAAGAAGGGAAGGAGGAUAUUGUAACAGGGAAGGUGGAGGUAGAGGAGGAGGAGGAGGAGGAGGAAGAGGAGGAGGAGGAGGAGGAGGAGGAGGACGGCGACGAGGACGACGACGACGACGAGGAGGAGGAGGAGGGACCACCAGUGGGGGAACUCCAGACUCGAUCCGCGCCGCCGAUAACGUCGACUCCGAAUCCACCUCCCACACCCUCUACCUCUUCCAAUACAACCCCAGCAGCUGCUCCAUUACCCCCUCUCUCACCAUCCACCUCGCCGUCAGCUUCAUCCGAACCUCUCGUUGCCUCUUCUCCUUCCUCCUCAUCUUAUCGUGCCGAUUCUAGAAAUGAAAUCUCUGGUGCACGUCCGACCACUACCUCCUCCUCCACCACCUCCUCUUCACCUUUAGAAAAUAUCAGAAGCGCCUUGGAGUGCUACGAUCGCAGUAGAAUCUAUCUGGCGCACGUAUCCUUCUUGGACUGGCGUGAUGUACCUGGAAGACGACGUGGACACCUGGAGGAACACCGAAAACUUCAUGGUGCAACCUCGAGGAGUUCAGAAAGGUCUUCCGGGGAAAGAGUCUGGGUUGUUGGGGCUGCCGACCAUGAUGGACAUCAUAGGACUAGGUUGUUAGUGGCUGGUCGUCACUGGAGACCACGUUGUCUCAGUCGUGUGAAUAUGCUCAGCCAACCGGUGGUAUACGCCGGCGGUGGGAGAGGUUCCCUCACGGCUGAUCUCUUUCUAUGGUGGUUUCACCGUGAGUUCGCCGUAACUGCGAUGGCCAUGCAUCCAGACGGUGCUGUCCUCGUGGCUGAGAGCGCCGAUUAUCUACCUCCCGAAGGGGACUGCGUUGCGGCCGAUGGUCUUGUUAGACUCUUCGUCGUACCGAAGGAUUGUCUCGAAACAAGGAUCGUUGUAAGAGAAUUGAGAGUGAGGUUAGCAAUUGGAGCACUUACCAGAGUAUACCAUGGUGUAUAUCGAAGUAAAUUCUCAACGAUCGAACGAGAUGAUGAUAGAUUGGAGACUUAUCUUCGAAGAUUUACUCUCAAGGAAGCAUUCGCGGAUCUACACCGAGCCUGGUUGAGCGUACGAUCGGAAACAUUUGCCAGAAGUUGGGCCUUACCGAGGGAACGAGAGGAUGUAGAAUCACGUAUAGGUCGAUCUAACGUUACGGGAAACAACAACUCUAUCCUUCGUACUAUCGUUGCAUCUGCGGAAAGGGAAGAGGACAGGAUGCUGUUGGACGAACUCCGUGGAUUGGCUGGUGAGUUAGGUCUCAAAGUUGGUGACGAGGAACUUGCAAGAUGGAUCAUCGACGGGGAAGAACGAACGUCACGACGUUACGAUACCACCACCACCACCACCACUACCAUCGAUCUCGACGUCGAUCAAUCGCGCCUCGUCAAAAUCGAAUCCGAACGCAAAUCGAUCGAUCAGGAAUGCGAAUUCGAACAUGAGGACGAUGACGAUGACGAGGAAGAUGAACCGACGGCCGAGGAGACCGUCGGACUUCUCACCAGAGUUCUCACGUGGAUGGAAAGAGAACCAUUGGAUCCUGGACUCCUUCUUGCUGUUAGAUCAAUGCGCGAUAUAGCUGCUAUUAUGGCAAGCAAGAUGGGCCUAGCAGGGACGCAUCCAAGCGGGCUGCCCUUCUUCUGUCCGAACGGUGAUCACCUGACGCAACCACCGCCCGCCCACAUGGGUAUACCUCCGUAUGGGGCUUUGGAUGCUGGCAAAGCUGCCGCAGCGGCCGGUCUGACUAGGGCGCCGAUGUAUCCCUUUUCGACAGGCCAAUAUCCAUAUCCCAUGCUUAGCCCGGAAAUGACGCAAGUCGCCGCUUCUUGGCAUACCCCAAGCAUGUACCCUAUUUCACCAGCGAGUGCUGGCUUUCGAAGUCCUUAUCCAACGAGUUUACCGAUAACGAGUUCGAGUUUACCAAGUGAUCUCUACCGAUUUUCGCCGACGGGUCUGAUGCCACCGCAUCAUGGAUUGGGUCCUCACGCACAUGCGUUAGCGUCGCACGCAUUGGUGUCGUCAGCACCGAAAACGGAUCAUUCUACCUUGGAUCACAAUCACAGGUCUACGAUAGAACAGAAAAAUUCUACGUCGUUACCCGCGGACAACGCGAAAAACCAAGAUACAGGACAACAAAACAAUCAAGAUAAAAAGAAACCCCAUAUAAAAAAGCCUCUGAACGCAUUUAUGCUCUACAUGAAGGAGAUGAGGGCAAAGGUAGUAGCCGAGUGUACCUUAAAAGAAAGCGCUGCCAUCAACCAAAUAUUGGGAAGACGAUGGCACUCGCUAAGCCGGGAGGAGCAGGCGCGGUAUUAUGAGGCGGCCAGGCAGGAGCGCCAUCUGCACCAGCAACGAUACCCCGGCUGGAGUGCCAGGGAUAACUACGGAUAUGGCAGCAAGAAGAAGAAGAGGAAGAAAGAGCGCUCCGCAGAUCCCACCGGAGGUAACAAUAUGAAAAAAUGCCGUGCAAGGUACGGAUUAGACCAACAGAGCCAAUGGUGCAAACCAUGCAGACGUAAGAAGAAAUGUAUCAGGUACAUGGGGGAGGGAGGAGAAGGCGACGGUGAAGCCGACGGCGAAGGUGAGGACGAUCAUUCGGAGGAUAAUUUAGGCAGCGUGGGGGAGGCAGGUACUCCCGAGGAAGACGAAUCCUUGAGCAGUCCUGGAGGCUUGUCCGCAUUGUCGAGUCUGGCCAGUCCAUCGUUGGUGUUACCAUCACCUUCGAGCCUAGCCAGCCCGUGUCCAUGCCCUUUGACACCUCCGGUACCUCCUCCGCCCCUGCCGAACCCGAGUAAUCAACAACAACAGCAGCAGCAGCAACAGCAGCAACAGCAGCAACAGCAACAGCAGCAUCAGCAGGCUCAACAACAGGGCCAGCAACAGCCGCAUCGUAAUCCAGUUGGUACGAAUCCUCACGACAUCAACAAUCCGUUGAGUGUUAAUCAACUCACCGGACAGUGUAUAAAAAGUGAAGUCGUACCAGCACCACCCUCGGGUCCCUCCAAUCCAGCGAUCAGCGUUACGUAGCCCCGGGUGGACCCACGUGACAAGACUGUUGCAACACACGGUGUCAUCCAAGGGGUCCAUCUAUGUAUCUACUGUGCGCGACAGAGAGGCUGGACGAUGACGGUAACGAUGACGAUGACGAUGACGAUUAAUUCGAAGAGACAGGGUCGUUCGAUCAAUGAUAGAACGUCAUUGUUGAACGAAGUUAAAUCUUCGUUCGCCGGUCCUAUUAAUCUUCCUCCUCGUCUAUCGGCGUUAAUCGUAAUCGAGCAUGGACUAAUCGAGAAACGAUUGGAAAAGAAAAGAAAAAGAAGAAGAAAAAGAAGAAGACGAAGAAGAAGAAGAAAAAGACGAGGAAUGAGAAGGUUUUCUCUAUCGUCGUCAUCCUCGUCAUCGUCGAUGCCGCAGCGAAGUGCUCCUUCGACUUCGGUUCUUCGCCCUUUUUCAAUUGUCGUCGUCUCUUGUGUUGUUUCUAGCGAAAUAUACAAAGGAAAUGAAAAAAAAAUGAAAAAAGAAAUUAAUAAAAGGACGGACGAUCGAGCUUUUUUUGAUGCGUCGUUUACGAACGUUCUUAUAUAAAACACACGUAGGGUGUAUAUAUAUAUAUAUAUAUAUAUAUAUAUAUAUAUAUAUAUAUACAA